GCCGCGCCGACCCCAGUACCGAGCCGCCGCCGCCACCGCCCGGCGCAGUCCGUCCGCCAUGCGCGCGCUGCUACCGCUGCUGAGCGUCGUCCGAGGGUGGCGCGUGGGGGCCGCCGCCCGCCCUCCGCGUCGCGUCAUGUCCCUAUACCGCACGGAGGAGCGCGGCCAUCCCCACUCGGAGGACUACCGCCUGUUCUUCAAGAAUGUAGCUGGUCACUACAUUUCCCCUUUCCAUGACAUUCCUCUGAAGGUGGAUUCUCCUCAGGAAAAUGGCAUUUCCAGAAAGAAAGCACGAAAUGAUGAAUAUAAGAAUUUGUUUAAUAUGGUUGUGGAAAUACCUCGGUGGACAAAUGCCAAAAUGGAGAUUUCCACUGAGGAGCCAAUGAAUCCCAUUAAGCAAGAUGUAAAGAGCGGAAAGCUACGCUUUAUACCAAAUAUCUUCCCUCACAAGGGCUAUAUAUGGAACUACGGGGCCUUCCCUCAGACCUGGGAAGAUCCAUAUCAGAAGGAUAAGAACACAAACUGUACUGGAGAUAACGACCCCGUGGACGUUUGUGAAAUAGGCUCCAAGGUUUUAUCCCGUGGAGAUGUGAUUCAGGUGAAGAUCCUUGGGACUUUGGCACUUAUCGAUCAGGGCGCCACAGAUUGGAAAAUCAUUACUAUCAAUGUGAAUGAUCCUGAAGCCGAGAAAUUUCAUGAUAUUGAUGAUGUUAAGAAGUUCAAACCAGGCUACUUGGAAGCCACUCUUAAUUGGUUUAGACUUUAUAAGGUACCAGACGGAAAACCAGAAAACAAGUUUGGUUUUAAUGGAGAAUUCAAAAACAAGGCUUUCGCUAUUGAAGUUGUUAACAACGCACAUGAAUGUUGGAAAGCAAUGCUCAUGGAGAAAUGUGACCACGGAGCUAUCAGCUGCACAAAUGUGGAUGUGUGUGAUAGCCCUUUCCGUCGCUCGCCAGAGGAAGCAAGAUCAUUAAUUGAAUCGGUCCGAGCACCUUCAAUGAGUAAAGAAGUCACUAAAGAAGAAGAAAGGUGGCACUUCCUCGACUGAUGGGGUCACUGGAGGUUCUGCAUCAAGAUGUCAACCUCUGAGGACCCCUAAGGCUCCUUUUCCCUUAGUGCUCUUGAGACACAAGCUGAUUUCCAUUUGAUGACUUCCUGUCAAAGCAUCAUUGUUCUAAAACUUUUGAAUAAACUUGUAAAUAAACACUGACAUUUUGAA